AUAAUCAGCACAAUGGAGACCCAGGUGUCCAACGGCCCCACAAGCAACAGUUCCCUCCCCAAUGGGCCACUGAUCAGUGCCAAUGGGGCCACUGAUGAUUCCAAAACUAACCUCAUAGUCAACUACUUACCCCAGAACAUGACACAAGAAGAAUUCAAGAGUCUGUUUGGAAGCAUUGGAGAGAUUGAAUCAUGCAAACUCGUUCGAGACAAAAUCACAGGGCAGAGUUUAGGCUACGGCUUUGUCAACUAUGUUGAUUCCAAUGAUGCUGACAAAGCAAUCAACACCUUGAAUGGACUCAAACUGCAGACAAAAACAAUCAAGGUGUCCUACGCACGGCCAAGCUCUGCUUCUAUCCGUGAUGCCAAUCUCUAUGUCAGUGGCCUGCCCAAAACCAUGAGCCAGAAAGAGAUGGAGCAGCUCUUCUCACAGUAUGGACGCAUCAUCACCUCCCGUAUCCUUGUGGAUCAGGUCACAGGUGUGUCUAGAGGCGUAGGAUUCAUCCGCUUUGACAAGAGGAUAGAAGCUGAGGAAGCCAUCAAGGGGCUGAAUGGACAGAAACCGCUGGGUGCUAGUGAACCCAUCACAGUCAAGUUUGCCAAUAACCCCAGCCAGAAGACAGGGCAAGCAUUACUCACACACCUGUAUCAGACCACAGCCCGGCGGUACACAGGGCCUUUGCACCACCAAACUCAGCGAUUCAGGCUCGACAAUUUGCUAAACAUGGCAUACGGCGUCAAGAGGUUCUCUCCUAUCACGAUCGACAGCAUGACCAGUCUGGCAGGAGUCAAUUUGACCGGGGCCUCCAGUGCUGGCUGGUGCAUCUUUGUGUACAACCUCUCUCCAGAGGCAGAUGAGAGCGUCCUCUGGCAGCUCUUUGGGCCCUUUGGAGCUGUCACCAACGUCAAAGUAAUCCGCGACUUCACCACCAACAAGUGCAAAGGCUUUGGCUUUGUCACCAUGACCAACUAUGAUGAAGCCGCCAUGGCCAUCGCCAGUCUCAAUGGCUACCGACUGGGUGACCGAAUCCUCCAGGUUUCCUUCAAGACCAGUAAGCAACACAAGGCAUGA